AUGAAGCCAACCGUACACGAAGAGGUAGACGAUGACCUCGCAGCCGAGGAGGAGAACAAAAUCAUCAACGAGGAAUACAAAACAUGGAAGAAAAAUACACCGUAUCUCUACGACCUCGUCAUCACACACGCCCUCCAAUGGCCUACCUUGACCUGCCAGUGGUUCCCUGACCGAGAAGCCCAUGCCCACAAACCGUACACGACCCAUCGUCUUCUGCUAGGGACCCAUACAUCUGGACAGGCGCAGGACUAUCUUCAAAUCGCACAAGUUCAAAUCCCGAAUCGCACCGGACCUGGAUCGGACAAGCUCGACCGAGCCUCUUACGAUGAUGAUCGUGGCGAGCUGGGUGGUCAUUCGCUACCCCCUGCACCGCGUGUGCAAAUCAUCCAGCGGAUCAAUCACGACGGAGAAGUCAACCGGGCCCGCUAUAUGCCGCAAAACCCGGACCUUCUGGCUACGAAAGCGGUCAGCGGCGAAGUCUUGGUGUUCGACCGCACGAAGCAUCCCAGCGAUCCGGAUCAGAGCGGCGCCUGCAAACCCGAUAUCCGGUUGGUUGGUCAAGCAAAAGAAGGCUAUGGGCUGGCCUGGAAUCCGUUGACGGCCGGCCACGUCCUCGGAGCAUCGGAGGAUCAGACCAUUUGCCAUUGGGAUGUCAAUUCCUACACGAAAGCCAAAGCAACCAUUGAACCUGUUGCUGUUUAUAAAGGGCACACAGCUGUCGUUGGAGAUGUAGACUGGCAUGCGCAACAGGAAAACGUAUUUGUCAGCGUUGGAGACGACAAAAUGCUAAUGGUCUGGGACACUAGGACUCCGACAGAACCUUCUCUUAAAAGUGAGGCUCACGAACGGGAGAUACUGUCCGUUGCUUGUAGCCCAGCCACCGAUAGUCUGUUGAUUACUGGAAGCGCCGAUAAGACAAUCGCUCUUCACGACCUGCGCACUCUUGGAAAGCGCUUGCAUACAUUUGAAUCGCACACGGAUGAAGUGCUGCAUCUCGCUUGGUCGCCUCAUAAUUCGACCGUCUUCGCCUCCGCAUCAAGCGAUCGCCGGAUCAAUGUCUGGGAUCUUGCGCAAAUUGGCGUUGAACAAACGCCGGACGACCAAGAAGACGGACCGCCCGAACUGUUGUUCAUUCAUGGUGGUCACACUUCUCGUCCGACAGACUUCUGCUGGGCUCCAGCCGAAUCGGAGAGCUGGACAGCCGCUAGCACGUCUGAGGACAACGUGCUGAUGGUAUGGCAACCCACAAUGCGCAUAUGGGCCGCGGACCAAGUGGAGAUUGAGCCCAAGGAACUCGAGACAGAUGCGAUGGAUGUGGAGGUUGACGGUGACGAAAGGGGAGGGAAACGCAGGGCCGAGGGUGAAUGAAGCAUUGUGCGGAACAGAUGCCUUGCGGAGCGUUUUCCUUGCUAGCCUAUACCUACAGAAUGCGAUUUCGAUUGGUGUCUGUAUGUACAGGACGGCUACGGUCUGUAUCACCAACUUCAUCGUGAUUGAUAUUAUCCUCCAGCGACUAAAAUAGGGAAAACUAAUCUAGCAUAAAU